AUGGCCACAUCUGGCAGGAUCAGUUUUACAGUGAGGAGCAUUUUGGAUUUACCAGAGCAGGAUGUAAAUAACAUAAAGCAAGCCUCUGACCAUCACCACUCACCGGAGAACUGCACCGGCUCGCCGUAUCGAGGGUGGAUAGAAACAGACAGAAAUCACUAUCCUUCUUCCGACGAGAGCGGCCCGGAGAUGAGCUUGCCCGACUCCACCCAAAGGUCGCUCCCCGCCCGCGGCUCGGAGGCCGAGGAGAAGAAGAAGAAGCGGCGGGUGCUCUUCUCCAAGGCGCAGACGCUGGAGCUGGAGCGGCGGUUCCGGCAGCAGCGAUACCUUUCGGCGCCGGAGCGGGAGCAGCUGGCCCGGCUGCUCAGCCUCACCCCCACGCAGGUGAAGAUCUGGUUCCAGAACCACCGCUACAAGAUGAAGCGGGCGCGAAGCGAGGGCCCCGGCAGCCCCCAGCCGCGCCCGCCCGCCCUGCUGCGCCGGGUGGUGGUGCCGGUCCUGGUGCGGGACGGGGAGCCCUGCCGCGGCUGUCCCGCCAGUCCACCGGCGCCCGCAGCGCGGCCCAAGCUGGGCUGCGCCCUGGCGGGAUGCAGCGCCCAGGCCGCCCUCACCCUGCAGGGCUACCGAGCCUGCCCGCCCGCCGCCGCCCUCGGCGUCUUCCCCGCGUACCAGCACUUAGCGCACCCCGCCGUCGUCUCCUGGGGAUGGUGA